UUGAAGGCAGCAGAUUCAGCAGAGUAAACGGUAACUGCUUCAAGUCCUUCACGUCACUUGGUGUAUGAACUUGAAUCAGUGUUGUUGCUCUCAUCACCUGCUCAUCGUAACUUGUUUCAUGUUAAAAAUAGCAGUGAAGCAUUUGGAUCCCUGCCCAUCCUGAAGCAGUCUGAUGUGGGAGGACGUCAUGCUUCUCAAGGAGUAUCGCAUCUGUCUGCCCCUCACUGUCCAGGAGUACAGGAUAGGGCAGCUGUACACCAUCAGUAAGCACAGCCACCAGGAAAGCCAGAUAGGAGAGGGGGUUGAAGUGUUGGUCAACGAGCCCCACUACGACUCCAUACACGGCCAGGGCCAACACACUGAGAAGAGGGUCCACUUAUCCAGCAAGCUUCCAUCUUGGGCCAAAGCAGUGGUACCUCACAUUUUCUACAUCACAGAAAAGUCAUGGAAUUAUUACCCUUAUACCAUAACCGAAUUCACAUGCUCCUUCUUCCCCAAGUUCUCCAUUCACAUUGAAACCAAAUAUGAAGACAACUGUGGUGAAAAUGACAGCCUGUUCACUGAGGAGAAGGCCAACAGGGAGGUGGAGGUGGACUUUGUGGAUAUAGCCUACGACCCUUUCCCCGACAGACACUACAACAGCUCUGAGGACCUGCGGAGCUUCUCCUCAGUAAGGACUGGCCGGGGCCCACUGGUGGAGGACUGGAGACAGACCACCAAGCCAAUCAUGUGCUCCUACAAACUGGUUAGAGUCCACUUUGAAGUGUGGGGCCUUCAGACCCGGGUGGAACAGUUUGUACACAAGGUAAUAAGAGAUAUAUUAUUGGUGGGACACAGACAGGCCUUUGCCUGGGUGGACGAAUGGUACAACAUGAGCCUGGAAGAUGUGAGGUCUUUUGAGGAUCAGAUGCAGGUGAAAACCAAUCAGAAGCUGCGGUGCCCAGACAGUGAACCAGCUCAGCGAUGAAGAGGACAGAUGGGAGCUGUGGACAGGAUGAUCACACACUGAGGAUCUGCCCUGAGAGGAAACAGACAUGCUUACACACAACAUUCCUUUGUGACUAUUAGUACUGGUAGUAGAUAGAAAGCUGUUUGGUCUGGCACAUGCACAUUUUCUCCUCAGCCACUGGAUAUUGAGUGACUCUAUCUGUAUAUUUGCUCUAAGUUAUUUCUGAAUCAAUAAAUGCUGUAACAUAA